AUGAGCAGUGGUUAUCAUGACUUAGUGAUUCAUUGGAACACACAAACUCUUUCUCAUCCCAAAAACCCCUACAAAACAAUUAACAAUGCUACAUACUACCUAAUAGAUAAUGAGGUAAUAGAGUUAUUGGGGAUACUGCUAAAGUCAGAGUGGUCUUUAGAGUAUUAA